AUGGCCUCGUCGCGCUUCUGGGCCGGGUCCGACGACGACAGCAGCGAGGAUGCCUCCGACGCGUCCUCCGUCGAGGAGGAGAAGGUGAAGACGGCGAACCGCUGGGCGACGGUGAGCGACUCGGAGUCGUCGGACGAGGGCGAGCGCGUCGUCAAGUCGGCCAAGGACCGCGCGUGGGACGGCAUGAAGGCCGUCAUCGCGAAGAUCGGCAACAGCAAGAAGAUCGGCGACUGGAACGGCAUCCAGACCGAGUUCGAGAACUUGAACAAGAUGGUCGACAAGGCGAAGAUGCACAUCAUGAAGGAGGGCCUGCCGCGGUUCUACGUGCGCACGCUCGCGGAGCUCGAGGACUUCCUCUUCGAGGCCUUGAAGGACAAGGAGGCCCAGAAGAAGAUGAGCGCGUCCAACGGCCGGUCCCUGAACCGCAUGAAGCUCACGCUGCGCAAGCACAACAAGACCUACGAGUCCCAGAUCGCCGCGUACAAGGCGGACCCCGACGCGCCCGACGCCGAGGACGACGCCGCGUCGUCCGACGACAGCUCGAGCGACGACGACUCGUCCGACGACGACUCGUCCGACGACGACGACUCCGACGACGACUCGGACGCCGACGACUGGGCGUCGUCCGAGUCCGAGUCGUCCGAGUCCGAGUCCGAGGAGGAGACGGGCGCGCUCAAGGGCCGCGCGAAGUGGCUCAAGACGACCGUCGUGACCACCAAGCGCCCCAUGUCCGGCGAGACCUUCGACAAGAAAUUGCUGGAAGUCGUCGCGUCGCGCGGCCGCAAGGGCACGGACGCGCGCGAGCUCCUCGCGGCCCUCGAGGCCCUCGCCGGCAAGGCGAAGCGGUCCUUCGGCUACGCGCGCGAGCUCGGGGCCCUCAUGCACCUCAUCGCGGCGCAAUUCGACGCGAACCGGACCAUCGACGACUACAUGGACGUCGCGACGUGGCGGUCCUGCCACGGCCAGCUCGGCCGCGUCGUCGCCGUGCUCAGCGCCCACCCCGGCAAGGGCGAGGACGAGGAGGAGGAGGAGGACGAGAAGCCCGAGGCGGCGGCGGCGCCCAACGACGACCCCGACGCCGUCAAGGUCGUGGGCAACCUGCUCACCUUCCUCGCGCGCCUCGAGGACGAGUACGUCAAGAGCCUCCAGCGCAUCAACCCGCACACGCACGAGUACGUGUCGCGCCUCCGCGACGAGGCGCCGCUCACGGACCUCGCCGCGGGCGUCCAGGCCUACUACGUGCGCGUCGGCGACGACAAGGCCGCGGCGACCGUGGCGCUGCUCCGCGUGGAGCACAUGUACUACAAGCACGAGUCCAUCGCGUCCGCGGUCCGCGACGCGCAGGCCUACCGCGCCAACGAGCGCGACUCCUCCAAGUCGCACCCGGGCGCCUGGCUCGGCGCGGCGACGGCGGCGGCGACGGCGCCCGACGACGAGGUCGUCGGCGACGCGUCCGCGUCCGUGCGCAAGCUCUGCGAGUACGUCUACGCCCACGGCGACGACCGCUGCCGCACGCGGGCGCUGCUCUGCCACGUCGCGCACCACGCGCUCCACGGCCGCUUCUACGUCGCGCGCGACCUGCUCCUCAUGUCGCACCUCCAGGACACGGCGUACAUGUCGGACGUGGAGACGCAGAUCCUCUACAACCGGUCCAUGGUCAUGCUGGGCCUCUGCGCCUUCCGCAACGGCCUCAUCCACGACGCCCACGCGUGCCUCGCGGAGAUCUGCUCGUCGCGCGUCAAGGAGCUGUUGGCGCAGGGCAUGCAGUCGGCGCGGUUCUCGGACAAGAACCCGGAGCAGGAGAAGGCGGAGCGGCGGCGCCAGACGCCCUACCACAUGCACAUCAAUUUGGAUUUGUUGGAGUGCUGCCACCUGACGGCGGCCAUGCUCCUCGAGGUGCCGAACAUGUCCGUCGAGGCGGGCGGCGCGGGCGGCCACAAGCGGCCCAUCUCGCGCCACUUCCGCAAGCACCUGGACAUCUUCAACCGCCAGGUCUUCACGGGCCCGCCGGAGAACACGCGGGACCACGUGCUCUGCGCGGCCAAGGCGCUGGGCGUCGGCGACUGGAAGACGUGCGCGGACCUCGUGCUCCGCCUCGACGUCUGGGCCUUGGUGCCCGGCGCGGGCGAGGGCGACCGCGUCAAGGCCAUGAUCGAGGACAAGAUCAAGGCCGAGGCCCUGCGCACCUACCUCUUCGCCUACUCGUCGGCCUACGACGCGCUGAGCCUGCCCCAGCUCUGCGACAUGUUCCAGUUGCCGAAGAACGUCGCGCACGGCCUCGUGUCGAAGAUGAUGAUCAACCGCGAGCUCAAGGGCGCCUGGGACCAGCCCACGGAGACCAUCGUGCUCCACCGCCUCGAGCCGUCGCCCCUGCAGGCCCUGGCGCUCCACUACGCGGACAAGGCCGCGGCGCUCGUCGAGUCGAACGAGCGGCUCCUCGACGCGCGCGCGGGCGGCCACGGCUACAAGGACGGCGACCAGCAGGGCCGCCGCUGGGGCGACCGCGACGGCGGCCGCGGCGGCCGCUGGAACGACCGCGGCGGCGACCGCGGCGACCGCCGCGGCGGCUACGGCGGCGACCGCCGCGGCGGCGACCGCGGCGACCGCCGCGGCGGCUACGGCGACCGCCGCGGCGACCGCGGCGACCGCCGCGACGGCGGCAACCGCGGCUCCAACGCCAACUACAAAGCCCGC